AUGACCACAGAAAGAGCAGGUACAUCCAGCGGAACGGGUGACGGGAUGGCAGAGAGUAUGAAUGACAGGAUUCAGUCGAUAAACACUCAGGCCGUGAACAGCAAAGGCCAACUCUCCACUCCGAGCGGUGACGAGGAUGCUAUUAAUUGGAAUUAUCUUAACUUUGAAGCCAGUGAGAUACCUGUAUUAGGUUCCUCCCUGGUAGACUCCUGUUUGUCCUACGCCGAGUACGAGUCUCCCGAUUCCAUGAUGCUUAACGAGCUGCCUCCUCCUAUCAGCAAUACUGGGAUCACCAAUACGUGUCGCUCUACUCCGGCUCCCCUAAAAGGGCUUAUGUUGUCUAAACGAGCGUCCUGUGACAGAGACGAGAGCGCGGUGACGGGGUCGCUACAGUCUUAUUCUGAGCUUCUCGGUUGUAUUUCAAUGAGGGAUCCCAUCUCAAAGUUCACUGCCAACAUAGUCAUGCAAACGCUUUGUGCGUUUCCUCAAAUGAUGCUACGCCGAGAAACAUUCCCUUCGUUCAUCCACGGGCACUGGCAUUGCACUGAAUCUGACUCAGCCGCUCCUCUACCUAAGCCGCUGGUAAGUUGUAUGGGGUUGGCUCAAGUAUUUGCGUCACAUAAUGCCGAUACUCGGCCCUUCCUAUGGGAAAAGAUCAGAGAGGAACAGCGGUCUUCAGCUGACAAGGCAUACCGAAGGCAAUUUUCGAAGCAUGAUCAUCUAGCAGCUAUUCAGGCCCUUCUUAUAUAUAUCAUGAUGCGCGUUGUGGAUUGUUCAAAGACGGAUCUCGACCUCAACUUAGAAUUAUUGAUAACAUAUCAGGGUCUCUGUGAUAAUUUUAAAGAUGUAUGUAAAGAGCCUUUUUACCAGCACGAGCGGGUCUGUCCUAGUUCCAGCUGGGAGGACUGGGUAUUUGCUGAAUCUAGAAGAAGGACAGCAAUCAUUUGGCUCCUGAUGACACAAAUGAUUCACAUCAAGAUAGGUGUGCCAUGUGAUUCAUUUCCAAGCUUUAGAGAUGUCCCAUUGUCCUCGCCAAAAUCGCUCUGGGAGGCGAGGACGCGCUUGCAGUGGGAGAACGAGUACAAAUUUUACAAAGAUUCGCCAGUGGGAGGUCUGGACGUGUUUGGAGAUCUUUAUGAUGCUUGUAAGCACAAGCAUAUUCGCGAAAACCAAUUAAAGCUCAAUUCUUGGAACUCCACUGUCGACAAUCUAGGUAGUCUACUGAAUCUUGGUGUUGAAAUUAUGUAG